AUGCUAUUUCAUUUCUUAUUUCCAUUUCUUACUUAUUUCUAUUUCUUUCUUAUUUCCAUUUCUUUCUUAUUUCCAAUUUCUUUUAUUUCCAUUUCUUGCUCAUUGCUAUUUCUUGCUUUUGUCAUUUCUUUCUUUCAUUUCUUGCUUUGUUCUUUGAUUUCUGUUCGUCUCUGUUCACAGUUACAAGCACGCCUUUCUUUCUUUUAUUCUUACUUUUUUUCUUUCUUUCUUUCUCUCGUACAAUCGUUUUUCGUUCUUACUUUUUGGUCACACUUCUUUCGCUUAUUGGCCCUUCUUCUUUCUUUCCUAACUUCCUUCCUUCAUUUCUUUUUUUCUUCCUUUCUUCCAUCCUUCCCUUCUGUCUUCCUUCCUACUUUCUUUCUUUCCUUCCUUUCAUUCUUUUACUUGUAUUCUUUCUGUUUUCGUUCACUUCUUUCUUUCUUUCUUUCUGUCUUCCAAUGGUCUUUCGUUCUUAGAUUUUUCGCCCUUCUUUCAUUUAUUAAUCGUUAUUCUUUCUUUUUUUGUUUAUUUGUCUGUUUCUUCUUUCUUUCCUUCCUUCCUUCCUUCCUUUCUUCCUUCCUUCAUUCAUUCUUUCUUUCUAUCCAAGCCUUGCGAGUGAUAUUCGAAGGCAUAAUCUCUCUCUCUCUCUCUCUCUCUCUCUCUCUCUCUCUCAUCUAUCUAUCCAUUUAUCACUAA